CAAACAAAAACGAGUCAAUUAAUGGGUCAGCGUUCCAUUGAAUCCUAAAUCAAACAUAUCCGGAGAUUAAAGACCAUAUUAAUUUUUUUCGUCUUCUGCACAGCACGAGUACUCACUCCGUGGUAAAUAUCGACUGAGAUCACAGCCUUUAACCGUGACUUAAUCCUAACGUUAAAUGUCAACAUGGGUGGAACGUGUGUUUCUUGUUUUUAGCUUAGCAUCACCGAUGCUGCGUGUUUUAUUCUUACAUGACAUAGCAGUAAAACACAGAUUUCACAGCAAUGGAUUCCCUGAACUUUGAGACUGAGAUGGAGGCAGAUGGGCAGGGCAGUUACUCUCUGUUUCCAGCGCUGGACAGCAUGAGCAGCCUGACUGGAGCCGCUGAGAGUCUGGACCCUGAAACCCCCAGCGAGGUUGCAGAUAAACCAAACCUCACAUGGCUCGAUGCUGCUCAGAUUGUUUUGGAAGAGGCUGGACGGCCCAUGCACAUCAAGGAGAUCAAGCAGCGGAUCAUUGACCGUGGACUGGUGCAGUCAAAUGCAAAGUCAAGCCUUGAAGCAGUUAUGUAUCGAGAGACACAGAAAGGGAGCAGACGCUUCAAGAGGAUUGAGAGCAGAAAUGGAGUUUUUGCUUUGUUGACGGAUGAAGAGAGACAGCAUGCAUUGCAGGCGUUCUCUGCCCAGUCGGCCUUUUCAAGUUCGGGUUCUGGCUCGUCUCUGGGACCCCUGCCUUCACCAACGAGCCACACUGAGUCCAGAUCUAAAGUCAGGAAAGGUCCUCGCAAGAACCAAAAUGAGAAGUACCGGUUGAAGUAUAUCCGUCUUCGCAAAGCUGCUCGUUCCAUGAUAUUUGAAAACGCAGCAUUAUAUGAUGAGAUCGCUCACCUGGAAGAAAAGUUUGUCAGGGCAAAAGAAGAAAGGAGAUUCCUGCUGAAGUCUUUGUUGCAGUAUCAGUCUGUGGCUGAAGGAGAACCUGUGGUGACUCCUGGCUGCAGCACACACACACCUGUCGCUCUGAGCUCCAGCACACCAGGUGGCGCUGCUCUAGCAGGGAGUCACAGCCAGACCACAGGGCUAUCAGGACCUGAAGACAGCCUUUUGAAGAAACCCAAAAAAGAACGAAAAGAGAGAGGAAGAGAGACCAGCAGGGAAGAACUCAUGAGGAAGAUUUGUAAGAAGAGGAAGGUAGCUGAGGGAGGAGUCCGCAAACUCGUGCAGCCCAUCUCACUAGACUCUUCUGGAAGGCCGCUCUUUCCCAUUGUGCUUGGUGGACUCACUGUUUACAGCCUCGGGGAGAUCAUCACAGACAGGGCUCUGUUUCAUGAUGACGCUGCUAUUUAUCCUGUGGGGUUCUGCAGCACCAGAGUUUUCGCCAGCAUGAAGAACCCUGAUCAGAAGUGUCUCUACACCUGCCAAAUCAAAGAUGGUGGCCAAGGACCACAGUUUGAGAUUGCUCCAGAGGACGACCCACAGAACGCUAUCGUGGCUUCGUCAGCCCUCACCUGUCAUGCUAACCUGCUCAAAGCCAUUGCUGCUCGCAGGGGCAAACCCUUGACCAGCGUUGUCCCCUCUGGAGCAGACUUUUUUGGUUUCUCUCAUCCCACCAUUCAGAACCUAAUCCAGAGCUGCCCUGGGGCUCGCAAAUGUAGCAAUUAUCAGUGGGUGCGUUUUGAGGUUUGUCGUCCUGGUGAUGGACAGGUGGCUCAUGGUCUUUCUGAAGACGAUGCAUCUGUGAACUUUGAGUCCUUUCUGCGAUUGCAGAGCUGUGAGGAGAGUCUGAGCAAUCAGACAGAAUACAGCAGCACAGUUCGAGCCCAGCAGCCAAACAUCUCCUCUCACCUUCUGAACCCAGCAGCGCUGCAGGCCAGUGUUGUGACGUCUCUCUCCAGCACUUGAGCUCAUUCAAACACCUCUGACAGAGAGCUCAAACCAAGCUUAGUCCCUUUAUUAAUCAGGAGUUGCCACAGUGGAAUGAACCACCAACUUAUCCAGCAUAUGUUUUACAUAGAGGAUGCCCUUCCAGCCGCAACUCAGCACUGGGAAACAUCCAGACACUCUUGCCUUCACACACAUACACUAUACGGCCAAUUUAGCUUAUUCAAUUCACCUUCAGCUCAUGUCUUUGGACUGUGAGGGAAACCAUACCAACACGGGGAGAACAUGCCAACUCCACACAGAAAUGCCAAGUGACCCAGCCAGGACUCGAACCAGUGACCUUCUUGCUGUGAGGCGAUCGUGCUACCACCUGUGCCACCGGGACGCCUAUAAUGCAAGUUGUUUCUGAAUAAAAUCACUUAUUGAACCUUUAAGUGAGACUAGCUGAGGAUUUCAAUUAGUGUCUUUAUAAAAGAGUGAAUGGGUAAAAGAGGUUUCGUGCGUGGAUUUAGCCAGUAAACAUGGUUUAAAAGAAUAUGUGGAUUAAUGCAAACAUAUGAGUUAAUCAAAAGAAUAUACAACAGAUUAUCAACAUCUGAUCCCACAGCAGGCUCUUUAAAUUUGAUCAUUUACUGUUUAAAUCAAUUUUCCUGUGAACGUGGUAUUUAUUUUAAAAAAAUCGGACUUUCAGUCUACAAAUGUGGGCUGGACUGCUGUUGUUUUAAAUAGUGGAGCAUUUUUCAAGUUGUAUUUAGCAUUUCAGUGAACAUGCUUGGUGUGAACAGGUCUUUUAGUUUUAAAUUUCAACUUGUUUUUCCAGUUUCUUUAGAGCACAAUAAGCUUUUAGGUUAUUCUGUGUAUGCAAUGAAAAGAUUUUGUACCCUUAGAGUAGAUCUCCUGAGAUUCUCCUCGAAUAACAGAUUUUGUAAAGAAAUGACAUCAUAUCUUUCUUGGCAUUUAUAAUGCUGUCAUCAUGUGGUAAAUGAUAGUGAGAUUUUGGACUAAAACUGUUUUCAUUUGAUGCGCUGACAGACGGGUCCUGCUGUUGUAAUAUAUGGAGGUUAAAAUGCCUCAGACGGCCACUAGAGGUCACUGUGGAGCUGCCUAAAACGAUGUCUUCACUUCACAUGCGUUUACAUUGUAUGUAACGUGACACACAACUGUUCAUAUUUAAAGUGCUUGUUUAAAUAAACAUGCCUUACAAACCA